AUGCGCCACCUGGCCGAAGGGGCAGACCGGCCAUGCAGUUGCGCAAUUUCUGUCAAGAUCGUGCACCUCAAGCAGGCCGGCACGCACCCAGUGGAGUCUCCUGGAUGGCACCAGAAGAACAGGGCCUGGCUGCUCUCAGCAGUUGAGCCAGGCCUGUCACGACCAGACCUGUCUGUCCAGUACUGCAAGGAGAUGCAGCAGCAGAUGGGGACCCCCUCUCUUGAGUAUCGCCACCAAGAUGGCAUGAACUAUACACGUGUGUGGGACGACAUCAUCGUCGGGUCAUGCCUACAAACUGCAAGGGAUGUGGACUGGCUUGUGGAGAAGGAGGGCGUGUCCACCAUAGUGUGCCUGCAGGAAGAGAGCGACCUUAAAUACUGGGGCCUAGAUGGUGCUGUCAUAAAGGAUCGCUGUGCCAGCCGAGGCGAUGUAAAGCACCUUCACCUCCCCAUCAGGGACUUCGACCCCAAGAGUUUGAGACAACGGUUACCAAAGAUAGUGGCAGAGUUCUCAAGACAACAUGAACAAGCAGGAGGAACGAUCUACAUUCAUUGCACUGCAGGACUUGGCCGAGCACCUGCAGCAGCCAUCGCAUACACGUACUGGUGCAGAGGAUGGAAAUUAAAGGAUGCUGUUGCCCAUCUCGUUGAUCUGCGGCCCUGCGGGCCAAAGGUGUUUGCUAUCCGCCAGGCAACCACCGACAUCCUCUAUUGCAACUCGCAGCAGGAGGUGCAGAUAUCAGUUCAGGCACCACAUGAGACCAGACUCGUCCAGGUUGCAGGAUUGGACGUUGGCUGGGGGUGCACCCUGACCAUGGAGUUUGACCCUAUAACCCAGCGAUACGUCACCAGAAGGCUGCUGAGUCCAGGAAGGUUUCAGUUCAAGUUCGUAAUGGAUGGGAAGUGGAAAUGUUCCACAGAUUAUCCAGCCGAUCAUGAUGGCCCCAACAGGAACAACUACAUUGAGGUGCCUCUGGACGGCCAUUCUGCCUCCGCCGUGAGCCGGUUACUUUCAGAGGACGGCAUAAUGACGCUGGAAGAGACGUGGAGAAUGGCUGCAGCCAUGAAGAAACUGUAG